CUGCUCGCACGGCGCACGCACAUCUGGCUGGCAUCGCACCUCCUGUCUACGUUCUCCGUGGACUUAUGGUCCGGAAGCGCGAGCAGAGAGCAAUGGAGUCCAGCACUGUUUAACCUGCGGGCAAUGUUGACGCGGUCUGUGUUAUUUGGCUGAAAAAUAUCGUCCGCGUAAAGAUCCUCAGUGCAAAAGAGCGCAGUCGAAUGAGAAAAUCGCGCGUGAGUCGCGCACUAGUAUACCGCAAUCAUCAUGCCAGCUAAAACGUGGAACGCCGAGUUGUGGAAGACCUGGGACAAGCAGGGCAAAGCCGAGUUCCUCAAGUUGAUUAAGCUGAAGCACAAGGAAGGCAAUGCUGCAGAAUGGAGGAGAGGCCUGUACGAACUGAUCUUGAAUGGAAUUCACGGUGCUGUGAAGAGGGAUGGUGUUGUUACGACAUUAGGUGAACUUGUGGCCAUAGAUGGAGCGAUUCCUUCGGCGGUUGUGGACCUCUUUACUCUAAUCGAUGCUGAAGUCCAAGGGGAGAAUAGAAGUAACUUUUAUUACAUUGUCAAGGAAUCAGAGAAGUUCCUUACAGAUCGUAUUUUAAAAGAACGCCUUGAUAUCGAUACGCUUCAAGAUGUGGGAACAUUGAAAAAUUUAAACUUUCAGACAAAGUUCAUCAAAGUCAAGACAAAACUUUAUUACAAACAAAAGAAGUUCAAUCUGUUCAGGGAGGAGAGCGAAGGUUAUUCCAAGCUCAUUGUAGAACUUAACCAAGAGCGUUCAGAAUCUGAAGUGGAGUCAGUUUUAGAAAUAGUCAAAUCCCUUAUCGGAUAUUUUAAUCUCGAUCCUAAUAGAGUCCUUGACAUACUGCUUGAGACUUUUGAAAAUAGACCACAGGAUGCAGCUGUAUUUAUACCUCUCAUAAGAUCAUAUAUGAGCGAUCAAGAGGUUUUGUGCGAAGUAUUAGGUUUCAAGUAUUGCUGCACAACUAAUGCAACACCUUUCUCUUUACAAAAAGUCACAGCUUUGAUGCUUCAACAUGAAGUAAUUAAUUUGGACGACAUACUGUCUUGGCUUGUACCCGAUGACAAGAUAAUAAUCAGAGAUUAUGACAACGAUAUGAAACAAGCCAAGGAAUACGUGAGGAAGAUGAGCGUGAUCUCAACUAAAGACAAAGAAGAAGAGAAGGAAGAGAAGGAGCCUAUUGUGGAUAAGUACUGCAAUAAUCAGAAAUUUGGACUUUGUGAAGCUCUUUUAGAAGUUGGAGCAUGGGAUGUUGCUCUCAAUCUUUUUAAUAAAUUCCCCGACUACAGUCUAACGGACCAGAAACCUAUUGCACUGGCACUUUGUAAAAUGAUUCACGCACUCAUAGAGCCCGUCUACAGGAAACACUGUAUAAUAUCGCCGAAAUUGCCAGGGCGGAAGGUCCCACCUCUUCAGAGUCCCCUUGCACCGAAGCCCCUGACGCGUUUGGAGGAUAUCCACGAUCACCUGCUGCCGAUGCUGGUGGCGCUCGGACCCAAUCUUCAUCAUGAUCCCGUCCUGAUGUACAAGAUAAUGCGGCUGUGCCACGUUGCGAUCAAGCAGUGCACGCUCGAUGCCAACAAGCUGCCCGUGGCUAAGGACAACGCGCUCUACUGUGACGUGCUGACGAUCCUCGAUGUGGCUCUACUGCCCUCUCUCUCCUUUAUGGACUGCAACUGCUGCGUCGCCGAAGAGAUAUGGAAUAUCCUUAAAUGUUAUCCCUACCAGAAUCGCUACGCGCUCUACGCCAGGUGGAAGAAUGACACGCCGUUGCAGCACGCAUCGCUUCUUAGGAAGCGAGCUGACGCCCAGAAGAAGAUAAAAAAUGUUAUCAAGAGGGUGAGCAAAGAGACCAUCAAGCCCGUUGGGCGAUCUAUCGGAAAGUUAACGCACUCGUCGCCCGGCGUGUUAUUCGACUAUGUCAUUGUGCAGAUUCAACUCUACGACAACUUGAUAGGCCCAGUCGUCGAUUCGCUCAAGUAUCUCACUAAUAUUUCGUACGACGUCCUCGGAUAUUGCUUGAUAGAAGCACUGGCAGGAGCGGAAAGAAAUCGAUUCAAGCACGACGGGACUAGCAUAUCCCUUUGGUUGCAGUCCCUUGCUUCUUUUUGUGGAGCCAUAUUCAAAAAGUACAACAUUGAACUGACUGGCUUACUGCAGUAUGUCGCUAACAUGUUGAAGGCUCAAAAGAGUUUGGAUCUUUUAAUUUUAAAAGAAAUCGUUCAGAAAAUGGCAGGCAUAGAAGCAGCAGAAGAAUUGACUUCAGACCAACUGGAUGCUAUGGCUGGUGGUGAUCUCUUGCGUAUCGAGGCUGGAUACUUUAGUCAAGUUAGAAACACGAAAAAGUCAUCCCAAAGACUGAAGGAAGCUUUAGCUGAACACGAUUUGGCAGUUGCUCUCUGCCUGCUUAUGGCGCAGCAAAAGCACUGCGUGGUAUACCGAGAAACGGAGCAAUCGCACCUUAAACUCGUUGGUAAACUGUACGAUCAGUGUCACGACGCACUGGUACAGUUUGGCACGUUUCUGGGAUCGACAAUGACAGUGGACGAGUAUAUUGGAAGGUUACCAUCCAUUCAUUCCAUGCUUCAAGACUAUCACAUUCACGCAGACGUCGCAUUCUUCUUGGCACGGCCAAUGUUUGCUCACGCAAUUUAUAUCAAGUAUGACACACUUCGCAAGGCAGAUCCAAAUUACAAGAAAAUGCCUUCGACGAUGAAGCAAGCCAAGUACGCCGAAGCUGCACAAGCAGUUAUGGCACCAGUUGCUCAAUCCGUUCGUCCCUUGCACCCCCUCAAAGUCUGGGAAGACAUUUCGCCUCAGUUUUUGGUUACGUUCUGGUCGUUGUCCAUGUACGACUUGUACGUACCAGCAGAUAGUUAUCAGCGGGAAAUCAACAAAUUGAAACAGCUUGCCACGCAAGCUGCCGAUUCGAAAGAUUUGACCGCAAGCAAAGGAAAGAAAGAGCAAGAGAGGUAUACAACGUUGAUAGAAAAACUGCAGGACGAGAAGAAAAAGCAGGAAGAGCACGUUGAAAAAGUUCAAGCUUACUUAAAGCAAGAAAAGGACUCUUGGUUCUUGUCGAGAAGUGCAAAAUCUGCCAAGAACGAGACGAUAACACAAUUUUUGCAGUUAUGCUUAUUUCCGCGCUGUACUUUCACAACUGUAGAUGCCAUGUAUUGCGCCAAAUUUGUACAUACAAUACAUUCUCUGAAGACUGCAAAUUUUUCCACUCUACUUUGUUAUGACAGACUAUUCUGUGAUAUUACAUAUUCGGUGACGUCGUGCACAGAAAAUGAAGCGCACCGUUAUGGAAGAUUUUUGUGUGCCAUGCUCGAAACAGUGAUGAGGUGGCAUUCUGAAAAGGCUAUAUUUGAUAAGGAAUGUAGCAAUUAUCCGGGCUUUGUGACCAAAUUCCGCGUGAGCAAUCAAUUUUCGGAAGCUAAUGACAUGGUUGGAUUCGAAAAUUACAGGCACGUUUGUCACAAGUGGCAUUACAAAAUUACAAAAGCAAUAGUCGUAUGCCUAGACUCGAAGGAUUAUGUACAAAUCAGGAAUUCUUUAAUUAUAUUGAUAAAAAUCCUGCCACAUUUCCCCGUGUUGGCUAAGCUUUCGCAGAUUCUCGAGCGUAAAGUAGAAAAAGUACGCGACGAAGAGCGCAACAAAAGACAAGAUCUUCAUGUUCUGGCCACCUCUUAUUGUGGACAACUGAAGGCCAAAGCCCCUCAGAUGAUUCGCGAGUCGGAUUUCCAUCACGUUGGUGACAAAGCUGCAAAGGCUUCUGAAACAGCAGGAAGCACUGAAUCCAAUGUUGAAAAAGUGAGCAAUGGCGUAUCGACCAAAGAAGUUAAUAAUGGCGAUUCUCGUGCUGAUAAAGAAAUAACCAAGGAUCAAAGAGAAAAGCGCACUACCAGUUCCAGCCAGGCUUAUCAACAACAUAGUAGUGAGAGUUCAGAAAAAAGUAGAAAGAGGGAAGAAAGCAGAGAAGCUUCAGAGUCGAGAGAAAAAUAUUCGAAGAAAGAUGACUACAAGGAUGAGGAGUUGCCAGCAGACAAAAAGGAUAGAAAGUAUUACAAAGAUGAACAUUACUAUAGUGGAUCCGCGGAUAACUUUGAUCGGGAUCUCUCGAGCGUUUCCAAUAGUAGCACCAGUUCUGGGCCGAUGGCAGACGGACCUGACAGAGAAACGACGAAGAGAAGAAAAGUUGAAAGCACUCCAAAGGAAACUAGUAGUAGACGUACGGAGGCGACUGUAGAGAAGAAAGAGCGUUCAUCGGCCAAAGCAAAGAUGCGCGAGGAGCAAAAAGAACUGCGGAGAGAAAAAAAGCUUGGCAGGAAAAGAGAUAGGGGAGACGAUAUAAUUAUUCCAGCAGAACAAAAGAGACGAAAAGAUGAUGACCGGGCAAAGGGAACCACCACCCAUCAAAACGGAGACAUGCCUGAACACAGAGAAAAACAUCACUAUAGUAAGGAAAAAUCACCGUACGCGAAGGAGCGAACACACGAGCGGGAGGGACGCGAAACCCGUGACAAACACAGAAGAAGUUCGGACCCCAAACGAAGAUGAUGCAAAACAGCAGCAGAUGGAAUUUGACUUACAUUUUAUAUUGCUACGUUUGAAUGUUGUAUGUAAUUAAUUUAGAAUUCAACAAGUAAUAAAGAAAAAAUAGUGAUCAAUUUGUAUAUUACGUUUACGCCCAAUUUUAUAUAAUAAAAAGUAUUUCAAACGAG